AAGUAAUGGCUCAAUCACUUUUGCCUUUGUGGGCCGCGUCAUGGAGUCACAGCAAUGGCCAGUUGUUUGUAUGGACUUUGGGCGACCAGAAAUGAUGAUUGUGCCCAUUCUUGCCUUCUUUUCGUGCUUGGUGAAAGGCCUUAGUGGUAUGGGAGAAGCCCUAGUCUAUGGCGCUGGCUGGCAGCUGUUUCGCCUGGCUGGAUAUGAGGAGAUGGACAACCUUGGGCUAUUGGCUGGUUUGAUUUGUGUGAUGCAAUGCACCUCUACUGCUCAAUUGGCUUUCAAGAAUUACCAGCAAUGGUGGUUCUAUGUGAAGCCUGGAAUGGUUUUCAGUGUUGCGAUGCUCAUGCUUUCUCCUCUUGGCAACCACUUGCGAGAGGUGGCGCCGACCGAGGAUGUGCAGUUGGUGCUUUCAAUGACCUUCCUGACGUUUGCUCUACUGAAGCCCCUGUCUGAUGGUCUUUUCAACAUAACGACUGCGAAGCAGGUCGAGAAACGCAAGAACUUGGAAGGAGACAACAUCACAGAGCCCCGGGAACCCAUGGAGUGCACAGAGGUGACGGAGUCUGAGAAGCAUGAGGAGUUGGAACAACAAGAUCCGGAAGAAGACCAUGAAGAACAGCACGAGGAAAACAAAGAUCAAAGCACCACAGUCAAAGAUCAGCUGCCUGAACCGCCUUGGUGGCUGAUGGGAGCUUUGCCACCAGUAGGUUUAAUCGGAGGCUUCUUGGGGGGCCUGUGUGGGAUGAAUGGGCCGCCAUUUAUUUUGCUAACAGCCAUCACUGGCUUGGACAAGGUGGUGGCACGAAACCUUUUCCCAAUGGGCCAAGCUAUUGAGGUUUGGACCUUCCGCUUCCCCAUGCUCCUGUCGUUACGCCGCAUCCGACUGGAAGAUGCCCACAUUUACUGUGUUGGCCUAUUCGCAGGAGCUGUCGGUCUCCAGAUGGGAAAUCUUGUCGCUCCCAAAGUCUCACAAAAGCUCUUUGAGCGAAGCAUGUUGCUCUUUUUGGUGCUCUCUUCGCUCCUGGUAUUGGGAUUGCUGCAAGGUCACCCACGUGCUCUGGUAGCAUUGGGCGUCGUCCUCCUGGUUGCCUUGAUUCGGUUGCUCACUGGCAGGCGAGUUAGGGCAGUGCAAAGGCUGCAAAAACCACCUUCGACUGCAACUUGAGCCCAUGAAGCAGCAGAAUGUGAUGUCCGUUGAUUGCAAGAUGCCUGUCAACGACGUGGCGUGUUUGGCUGGCCUUUUGACCGGUAAACUACUUGCCAUUUGGCGGAGCCUUUUGCCGGAGUCCAACAGCAACAUCCGACGCAGUGGACCGAGUAGAAUGAGGCAGCAUGUGGCAAUUCUUUGCCAGUGCAUUUUGUGAGAGCUCCGAUGAAGGAAGCGCACGAAGCGCACGCGAUCUUGAAUCAUUUUUGCACUCAGCUGAGGGCUGAAGAGAGGUUUGACUCAGAUCCGAAGACCUCUGAACGCCUUGAUGACCUGCGCUGACUCCAUGAAAAA